CUGGUUCCUUCCCUCGCUUCAUAGCGUGUUUGAUCUCUUUUCUCUCCUUUUCUUCUUUUCUUCUUCUUCUUCCUCUCAUCCUUAUCUUCGCGAGAGGAAGGAAGCAAGGAAAGCCCUCUCCAUCUCCACCUCGCGCUCGCCAUCUCUCGCCAUCUCUCGCGCUUUUCUCUUCUCGGGUCGCCAAAGAGGGCUUUUGGGGAUCGACCCACGAGACCCAUCAAUCGCGAAUCGCGUCGCGGCGCUGGUGGGUCGGAGGACGAUUUGGGGCGUUUUUUGUUCUGGUUUGGUUUGGUUGUUGUUCGCCUUCUUCGCGUUGCGGCGAUCGAUCAAAGGCCGUCUACGGUGGCUUCGGUGGCGCGCGAUCACAGGGAAGAAUUGGUGCUGCUGCGGUGUGAAUGGGAGGAUUGUCGCGCGGCUGCUGCUGCUGCCAAAUGCGCGCUCGCCUGCUGACGGAUCCCGAAGGGAACAGGCCUCUGGAUUGCGUAAGGCCGCGCCUCGCCCGCCAGCUUGCUCGCAGGAAGAUCCAGAAUCGCCAGAGCCUCUUCAAGGGCUGAUAACAAGUUCUUCUUUUGUUCUUCCUUACCGGAUCGAGGCGAAUCCAUCCCUUUGAAAGGAAGAAUGUCGAUUGCCUACCAGAGCUGGGAGAUAGGAUCGGGCCCAACCGUGGGAUACAAAGUCCAGGCUCACCAAGCAGCUGGCGAUGGGCUAAACCUUCGCAAGCUUCUCUGCCGGCCCGAGACGGCCGCCAGGUUCAUGCAACAGGGUCUUCCUCCUCCAGCUCCAAAGCAGAGAUUUUCCUCCUCCGCCACCAUCGCCGCCACCACCACCACCACUCCGAGUGGCGGAGCUUCUAAACCGGACGAGGACUUGCCCCUGACCAAGGUGGAAGUUGUGGAACUUGUUGUGGCGCCGCCAGGAGGACUGGAAACGACUAACAUGCCAUCGUCGUCCUCGUCGCUCGUCACAUCCUCCAUCUCCAACGAGAGCUCGGACGAGUCGGACGACAAGGAGGUCCAGAGCGCGUUCAAAGGUCCCCUGGAUCAAAUGGAUUCGUUGAUGACCACUCUCCCAGUCAGGAGGGGGCUGUCAAAGUUCUACGUUGGAAAAUCUCGUUCCUUCACAUCGCUGGCGGACGUGAAAUCGAUGUGCAUGAAGGACUUGGGCAAGCCUGAGAAUCCAUACUCCAAGAGGAGGAAGCUUCCGUCCCACCGCGAAGGGAUGGAGUCCAAGCCCAGGUUUCCACCACCCCGGAUCUCCACUGGGAUCUCCAAGAAGCCAAUCUCCUCCAACGGGACGACGCUCACGCUGGCGCUCGCCAUGUCCACCAAGGGUGACAGGCUCGACGGCAGCGACGAAUGCUUCGCCACGGCAAAGCAGUGGCAAAAGAGCUGCCGAUCAUUCUCGCUCACCGACUUGCAAAAGGCUUGAACAAGUUCCAACUUUGCUUGAACGAUCCGGAAGAACUUCCAGCGAGCUCCAUGGUGGUGACACAAAGUUUAGCCGCAGGACACACUUUCAUAUGGAAGGUUGUAUAAUAUCUGAGAGAGGAGGAGAGUAACUUGUAGAGAAAAAGAAAAGAAAGAUACCAAGGGAUACAACUCAGGGAGAUGAGAUGGCGUGAGAUGGUGUUUUGUGUGUGAGAGAACGGGAAGGUUCCAGUGGGUUUUUGUAUUUGAUCCAGACUUUGACACUUGUAUACAUCGCUAGCGAUGACUUGCUCCGGAA